CCUCUUUCGCCCCUUUCCCUCCCCUUCUCUCUCCAACUCAAUCUCUCUCUCCUCUUCCUCUCCUCUCCGACUCUCGUUUCUCCUCUUCCCGUCAAACGUCUGGGGAGUGCGGGUGCAUUGGUCUCGUGGUAGAGUUACCGUCAACCACAUAUAUUCAGCCGUGGUUGACUCUCGUCUCCCACCCAUUAAGCCUCUCUUUCGUUCCUCUGCCCCUAUAGAAAAGUCGAGCCUGCGUCCAAUCCUCUCUUCGACUUCACCUCGCCGUUUCCCUCUCCCAAUCGCUCCCGGCACCUCCAUCUCCUCGCUUCUUCCCCCUUUCCACGGAGACUCAAUCCUGUGAACUCUACGGUACUUCGCCCUUGGAAUACCAGCACGAGAAAGGGACACGCUAGAAGGCUCUGGCUCGCAAUUGAGGCUUCCCUUGGUGCUUGUUUCUCUCCUGAUCCAAUCACCAAUACAUCGAAACUCAUCGGAGUCGGUUAUACCCGGUGACCUUUCACUACUGAGUAGUGUUCAAGCCGAAGAGGCCAAGCUCACUGCUCUUUCAACCACAUUGUCGGAUCAAGGGCAGAUCCGUGGUCACAAAGAAGGUGGAGACGUUAGCUCGUCGUUCACUUUGAACCUCAGUACGGCUUUGACCAAGUCUAUAAGCCGAACUUCAAACACCUACAUGUCUUGGCAGUUGUUCUCGGAAGGUUGCAAAAUAUCUAGUUGAUAAGACGCCGCACUGAGUAGGUUUUUGCUCAUUUACUAGUCCCCUCAGCUUUACUUGUGUCUCUACACUUCGAACUACAUUUGACCUCAAUUGUUGACUUUUGAAUGAAAGCUCUUCUCCAACAGACCCUGGCGAUUCAGUCUUGUCAAAGUGGCGCAGAUUAUCGUCUGCACCAUUCCUCAAUCCUUAAUAAUUAUUCCAACUAAUCUUCGCUCCUUUACACUUGAUUUAAUUGUGCCGUUUCCCCCUUACACUCUUUUACUAUUGCACUAAUUCUCACCUCGAAGCUACGCGGAGCGUCUUCACAAUUGAAACUUCGAUCAUCCUAACCAGGACAAGAUGGCGUACCAGCGAUAUGGCACGUCUAAUAUCCGGGCUUGUGAUUCUUACUUCGUGGAGUCUUAUGACAACGACUAUCAGCCUUCCCGAGUCUGUCCCAAAGAGCAUGCCAAGAUAAUCGCCCGUGAACGCCAGUAUGCGAUGGGAGAUGAGAUGACAAAAGCCGUGCGUGAGGAAUACCAGGAGGAUAUCAUUGCUCAUAUGCAUCUGAUGGAUUCCGCAACAUUGCCGGACGUUGACUCAAUUGACAUCCAAACUGAGAUCCAGUGGUUUAUGCGGCCCUACCUUCUCGAUUUCUUAAUUGAAGCCCAUGCUGCGUUUCAGUUGCUUCCAGGGACUUUGUUUUUGACCGUCAACCUCUUAGAUCGUUACUGUUCGAAGCGAGUUGUCUAUAAGAGACAUUAUCAGCUGGUGGGAUGCGCUGCACUGCUUAUCGCCGCGAAAUACAGCGACAAGAAAGAGCGUGUCCCGACCAUCAAGGAGCUGAAGUCUAUGUGCUGCUCUCUUUACGACGACGACAUGUUCGUACAAAUGGAAUGGCACGUGCUCCAGACCCUUGGCUGGUCGAUUGGUCAUCCAACCGUCGAUGGGUUCCUGCAAGUCGCAGUCAUGGAUACCCCAUAUGACCCAGAGGUGGAACAUCUUGCCCUUUACAUCCUGGAAAUAGCACUCUUCCAUAGGGAAUUCGUUUCCAAGCUUUCGGCAGAUCUUUCGCGUGCCGCAUUAGCACUGUCAAGAUGCAUUCUCAACCGGCCCCAAGCUUCGCAUAAUGAUUGGGCAUCCAAUUAUGACUCUUUGACUUUGGUGAACUUGUCCCAGCAUUUGUUUCAACCAUCGCACGUUCUCGCCAGGAAGUACUCAUCUGCCCAUUAUUCACGGGUAUCGAAGAUCUUGGAGCAGUUUCUGGCCCGUCAGAGCACCGUUACCAAGAGCUACAACCCUCCUACACCUCCGACGGACCGUGCGGAGGAUUCUAAGCCGUAUGAAGGUGAGAUUGGGCUUGCUACGCCCCAGAAAUCCCAUUGCCCGCGUACUAUGACCAAUGGUUACAUUACUCCGCCAAUCACACCUGAGAACGACGCGUUCGCUCCCACAAGCAACGCCAAUCCUUCCAAGGAUGCCUCUGGCCUCUUGUACGUUUGUCCUACAUCGCCGACUCCCCAACAAGCAAUGCACUAUGGACAGACGCAUCACUAUAAGCUCCAAGAGACCGAUCCGUACUCUCAACACCAACGUUUUCCUCAACAGCCGUCGGUACCCUACAACUCUGUGUUCUAAGGGACGAUGGGAGAAAGAACGUGACGUACCACAAUCGAACCAUAAGAGCCAUCAAGCAGCAUCCAACUUAUGCAUGUCACUCGCAUUCGAUGUGGCAGUAGCUAGCUUUGGACUCAAUACAUCAACCAUGAGCGUUAUGCCAAAUUCUGGCGUCCUUUCCCAAAGUGAGCGCGAAAGUAGUCGUCACUGCGUGGAUGAGAACGCGACAUUACUACAUAUCCCAAUAAUCUGUUUUGAUUCCCACAUAGUUUCCUUAUCUGGCAUUUGCUUUUAUUUCCUAUGUCAUGUCUGUACCUGCAUCUGCUUCAUCUGGCAUUGCAAGCGCGAGUCGUUUUCUUCACCCGGACUUGGGAUAAGUCCCCGGUCACCAAUAUCCGUGCAGCGUUCCGCGGUUACACCGGUUCAUUAAAUACCUGCUAAUUUUUUCAAUACCAUAUUUCCUCUGUCUGCGCUAUGUACCUGGUUCGGUUCUUUGUGCCUUUUUUAUUUUUUAUUGCUUUCCUAACCAUAUACCGUGUAAGAGUGUGGGAAAGAUCUGUCUAUUUUCUCGCAAUGUAAUGCUGUUCUUUUUUUGCCUUUCUUGUAUACCCCCCAUAUACCCCUUUGUCGAUCCAUGUUUCCAUUAUCCUAUCAAGUUAUCGGAGGGGAUUUAUGGCGAGGACAAGGCGGUGGAAAAAGGGCGUCCUUUAUCUAGGGGGCGAAUGAAAGGCCCUCGAGUGAAAGCACAAAUUUUGACAGAGUUUGGAUGUAGUGUGG